UAUGCGAUAGAUAUACACGCGAAGAUUAAUUCGCGAGUGAAGAGCUGCCAAACCGGAGCGAAAUUGCAUCCGCGGGAGCCAGCUACGGCGGCGAUUGGCAUUUUUGAACCGAGACUCGCCGGAAAUUAGAGGUGUCAGUGCAGUGAAACAUUCAAUGUUGAGGUGCAGUCGUCUGCCUCCGUUAGCAUCUCCGGUUUUCAACGCCGUCAGGCAGUGUUGGAUGCCCGCUCUUUGCGUUUCUCAUCACUCGAAUCUUUAUUCUGCAUCCAUUUAUGCUUCAUUUUGCUCAUAUGUUAGCAAAAGCUUCAAACACGUCCAACCUCUCUGGAUUCGUCCGAUGCCUCUUCAUCAUCCAAGCUAUAAAGUAACAGCUUCUAUUAGUUCUGCUGGAGGCAGUGGAGAUAGUAGGGAAUUAUUGGUGCAGCACUUGCUUGUUAAAGAAGAUGACAUUAAGCUCUUGUUGGAUCUUCAGCAGAGAAUUGCCGGAGGUGAGGAUCUAAGCGAUCUUGCUGUGGAGUACUCAGUCUGUCCAUCCAAAGAAGAAGGGGGAAUGCUUGGAUGGGUGAGGAAGGGGCAAAUGGUACCAGAGUUUGAGGAGGCUGCCUUUAAUGCACCCUUAAACAAAGUGGUAAAAUGUAAAACAAAGUUUGGAUGGCAUUUAUUGCAGGUUCUGUCUGAGAGAGAACAAUCGGUACUUCUGGAGAUUCAACCUGAGGAGCUUCAUUUGAAAAUGCAAGAUCCGAACUUCUUGAACGAGGCACAGUUGAUUGAUGUCCGAGAACCAGAAGAAGUGGACCAGGCUUCUUUGCCAGCUUUUCAGGUACUACCUCUCCGCCAAUUUGGAAGCUGGGGUCCAGAAGUAACUACGAAGUUUGAUCCUCAAAAGGAUACUUACGUAAUGUGUCACCAUGGAGUGAGGUCGUUGCAGGUCGCAAGAUACUUACAGACGCAGGGUUUUAAGAAUGUCUACAAUGUGUCUGGAGGAAUUCAUGCAUACUCUCUCAAAGUUGAUCCAUCUAUCCCUACCUACUGACAUAUUGCCCUUUCCCUUUUCUCCAUUUUUUUUUUUCAGUUUAAUAAUUGUAUGGUCGAAAAAUUGAAUCAUCGAUUUUUGAAAUUGUAAUAGGUAUUUUAUUCACUAAACUAUAUUUAGAUUGACCCAUCUUUCUUCCAACUCUUGUCUCAAUCAUGAUUUUGUGUUUCCACGUUUGUUUUGAA